AUGGAUAGAGAUUGGAUGAGUGCGAAUAAGUUAACGGUAAAAUAUAGGGAAGGUGUUGACUUCUUUUUGGAGUUUUCUGCAAAGAAUGCGGAUAAUCCUGAUUUGGUUCAUUGCCCAUGUCUCAAAUGUGGUAACAUGGAGCGUAUGAAAAUUGCCCAAAUAAGAGAACAUUUGUUUAAGAACGGUAUAGACAGGAGUUAUAAGGUCUGGUAUCACCACGGAGAAAAAAUUAGAAGAUCGGGCGAGGGACCCUUUAGAAAGGAUAAGAUUGUUAAUAAUGUGGAGUAUGAAGAUGAUCACAUCGCAGAGAUGAUUAACAAAGCAGAGUUUGAAUCUCAAGUUCGUCCUGAAACAUUUCAAACUAUGUUAGAAGAUGCUGAAAAGUCGAUUUACCCUAAUUGUACUAGGUUUACUAAAUUAUCGACGCUUAUUAGGCUAUACAAUUUGAAAGCAAAACACGGGAGGAGUGAUAAGAGUUUGACAGAGUUACUAGCUUUCUUAGGAGAAUUAUUACCCGAAGGUAAUGAGGUGCCUUUGUCUUUCUAUGAGGCAAAAAAGACAUUGUGUUCGUUAGGCUUGCAAUAUGAAAAGAUACAUGCAUGUCCUAACGAUUUCAUCCUAUAUCGAAAGAGAUUUGUGGAUGAGGUAUCAUGUCCAAUGUGCGGUGAGUCCAGGUGGCAAAAGAAAAAGAAUUCUAAUGAGGUAAAGAAGGGUGUUCCUGCAAAAGUAUUGUGGUACUUACCACCCAUACCUCGUUUGGUUCGGUUUUUUCGAAAUGCCGACCAUGCUAAAAAUUUGACUUGGCAUGCCAGUGAUAGAGUGAAAGAUGGUAUGAUGAGACAUCCAGCUGACUCUCCCGCUUGGAAAACAAUUGAUGCUAGAUGGCCUGAUUUUACCAAUGAGCCUAGGAAUAUCCGUCUUGGUCUCUCUGCAGACGGUAUCAAUCCACAUACUUCCCUUAGCAGUAAGUAUAGUUGUUGGCCAAUCUUGCUUGUGAUAUAUAAUUUGGCGCCGUGGCUUGUUAUGAAGAGAAAGUUCACUAUGUUGACAUUGAUGAUAUCAGGCCCUUCACAACCUGGCAAUGAUAUUGAUGUAUACUUAGCUCCUCUUAUUGAUGAUUUAAGUAAAUUGUGGUAUGACGGUGUUAAUGCAUAUGAUGCCUAUAGGAAUGAAGCAUUCAAUCUUAGGGCCAUGUUAUUGUGGACAAUCAAUGAUUUUCCUGCUUUCGGGAAUCUUUCUCGCUACAGUGUGAAAGGUCAUAAUGCAUGUCCUAUCUGUGAAGAGAAAACAUGCUCUCGCUAUUUAACACAUUCGAGAAAAAUUUGUUAUAUAGGACACCGAAAGUUUUUGCCACCCGAACAUGUAUUUCGGACCUGGAAAAAGGCAUUUGACGGUAAGCAAGAAUUUGAAAUGCCUCCCCCACCUUUAAGCGGAAGACAAUUGGUAGAAAAAAUGAAUAAAAUUCAAUUCAAUCUUGGAAAGCGAAAGUCAAAAUCGAAGAAAAGAAAAGGAGGUAAGGGUGUCACAAAUGAACCUCAGGGACCGUGGAAGAAAAAAUCAAUAUUUUUUGAGCUUGAGUAUUGGGAGCAUUUGGUUUUACGUCACAAUUUAGAUGUGAUGCAUAUUGAGAAAAAUGUCUCAGAUAGCUUAAUUAAUACCUUGUUUAAUAUUCCUGGUCGAAGUAAAGAUGGAAUUAAAUCCCGUCUAGAUUUGAAAGAGAUGGGGAUUAGAGGAAAUUUACAUCCAGAAAUUAUUGGUAAACGAACUUUUUUACCACCGGCGUGUUAUGCCCUGACUAAGGAAGAAAAACGAUCUUUCUGUACGUCAUUGUCUCACGUUAAAGUACCCAAAGGGUAUUCUUCAAAUAUCUCCAAUUUGGUAGAUAUGGACAAAUUAAUUUUGUCCAGACUGAAGUCUCACGAUCAUCAUAUACUGAUGCAACAUACUCUGUCGGUGAGUAUCCGUUCUGUUUUACCUAAGAAAGUUCGCUAUGCCAUCACCAGGUUAUGUUUAUUCUUUAAAUCUCUUUGUUGCAAAGUGGUAGAUGUGUCAAAGUUGGAAAAUCUCCGAUUAGAAAUUGUUGAAGUGUUGUGUUAUUUAGAACAACUUUUUCCUCCAUCCUUUUUUGACAUAAUGAUCCACUUAACUGUUCAUUUGGUGAGAGAGGUAAAAAUGUGUGGGCCAGUGUAUUUGAGAUGGAUGUACCCAAUGGAACGGUACAUGAAAAUCCUAAAGGGUUAUGUAAGAAACAGAAGCAGGCCAGAGGGUUCAAUUGUUGAAUCCUACAUCGUUGAAGAGGCUGUAGAAUUUUGUUCAGACUUCUUGUCAAAUGUAGCAACUGUUGGGUCGUGUCUUCCUAGAUUUGAUAAUGAAAUUAGUAAAGGGGGUCGGGAUGUUUCUGUUUGCGACGUAAGUCGAGCUGAUCGAGAGGAAGCACACCGACUCGUUUUGCAAAAUGUUGAUGAGGUUCAACCGUACAUUGAGUAA